CAGUAUGAGUGAUCGCAUACCAAAGUCAGUCAUGGAAAAUAUCUGCAUCCGCAAGUGUGGCAGCCACGGAAAGUGUACAUCUGGUGUCUGUGUGUGUGACGAUGGAUACACAGGAGAGACGUGUGACGUCAGCGCCAGCGUCCCGCCACAGGUGAUCCCCGUCAACCCCAGCGGGGGCGCGUGCGAUGUCGGCAGCGCGGACUGUUCCCAGGUGGCGCUGUUCGGAUUCGACUUCGUGGAAUCUAGCACCCUGACGUGUCAUUACGAAUACAUACAGGUGGAGGAGACUGUCAAAGUGACAGGCGAGCACGGCGUAGUGAGUGCCGAGUUUAUCAGCAUGUACCAAGUGAACUGUCACCUACCCAGGAGUCAGAGCGCCUACAUCUCCGUCAGCAAUGAUGGGCGGGCCAAGAGCGCUGCUCGCUACCUCCAUGUGGUUCACGACGCCAAGUGUUACAGCUGCGACAUACUACAAGAUGGCGCACAGGCCAAGUGUUCUAGACAGGCAGACACGUGUAUGAUUGGGGACGCGUGUUUCCAGUCCGGAGAGAAACGUGGGAGUGACAAGUGUCAGAUCUGUGACCCGCUGAAAGAUCAAACACAAUGGGUUAAAAACCCAGAUCCACUGUGUAAUGCUGAGAGGUUGAACGGUGCUGAAGCGCAAUGGAGGAGAAAUUGACAAAACAACAACAAUUGCUCUAGCUGUGAUCUGCGCGGUUUUGGCAACGGCCUUGUUAGUCAGUGCUGUCAUGUUAUGUCGUAAAAGAUUACAACCUAAGAAACCUGGCAUGAUAAGCUACGACUUGAAAGACGAGCAUUCCACAGCAACGACAAACCCAUUCGGCAAGAGGGCGAUGGCGUAUAACAAUCAUACUUACAUGUCUGAGGAUCUAGACUAAGUGUUGAAGCCAGUGCUUUCUCAGACGUCCUCAUCACAUACACGGACAGUCGUGGUUUUAUUCUCUAGUAAAGUUCAGAAUAUGGAAAGAUAUAGAUAAUAUAUAGAUAAGGCCUAAAACAUUCUGCAUUAGGGAACUUAACAAAAUAAACUAGGUAGGGUAGGUCGGCUUUUUCUAAUUUUGCUUUUACUACAAUUAUCCCUUACAAAAUGAUACGUAUCUACUCUUUUCAUCUAUAUACAUUGUAUUAAUAAAAAAACAUAUAUCAAAGAAAAAACCCAGCAUCAAAAACUAAUUAGAGUCGGCCGUUUUUUCUAUGUUAGGGUCGGGUUCCCAGAAUUUGAUUUUACAACAUUAACCAUUACAGGUCCAGAUAAAAUGUUGUGUGUGUACUCUUUUCACAUAUACAUUAAUUGUUUUUACAAAAAUCGAACAUACAUCGAAAAAUAAUGUUUACGGUAGCCCUUUUUUUCAAGUUAGGGUCUGGUUCCAGGAAACGCACACAUUUUUAAAAUCCAAGAUAUUAUUUAAAUCCUUGCGGUUUAUAAACGGCAACAUUGACUAAUAGUAUUCUUGAAAGAUAAUUAGUAAUAAUAUAUUUCUUAAAGCUAAAAUAGUUCUUAUACACUUACCUAGUAAUUAAAACAUUUUUGUUUGUUUUAAAAAUGCUAAUUAAUAUUUGAAGUUGCAAUAAUUAACCAAAUAGUAACUAACUUCUCAAUAAAGAGUAGUGAGAUUUGAACUUUGGUGAUGUCUGAAUGAUCCUAUUUACGAUACAAAAAUGUACACUAUCUGCACAAAAAUGUAAAAAUAUUUUUAUAAAAAUGUUUUCCGGUUGCAUUCCUAGUUAAAACGGAUUGAGUUGCUUACCGGUGAUGUUACACAUGAAAUGAUUAUUCUAAUAAAUAUAUUGUUUAUUUA